GAUCAGAAAAGUGACGUUAUCAUUGUGGUCACACUGAAUUUGGAGACGAACUCCUGAAUAAAGCAGACAUACCUAAAGUUAUAGCCACACAGAUGUAUUCUGACCACAUGUUGAAACAGUAAUAUCUCACCUUAUAUGAGCUUUUACACAUCUAGUUAAGUGUACCGGCAUCAGACCAAAACGUCCGAAUCCCGAUCUCAUCGAUCACUCUCGGUGUCUGUAGAGCACGCAGCAGCAGCACGGUGUCUGUUAGCUUCAGCACUUCAACACAGCGGGGAUGAUCAGUCUAAGAUAACCUGCAGACACAACAACAUGACCGACUACGCCGAAGAGCAGCGGAAUGAACUAGAAGCGAUAGAGUCCAUCUACCCGGACUCCUACACAGUGCUUGCAGAUGAUCCCAUCAGCUUCACCAUCACUGUGGCAUCAGAUGCAGGGGAAGAUGGUGAAACCUCAGAAGCAACGUUAAAGUUCACAUAUGUAGAGAAAUACCCAGAUGAGCCUCCGCUGUGGGAGAUCCACUCCCAGGAGAACCUGGAGGACAAUGACGUGGAGGACGUCCUCACCUUACUGCAGCAGCAGGCAGAAGAAAACCUGGGCAUGGUGAUGAUUUUCACCCUGGUGACAGCCGUUCAGGAGAAACUCAACGAAAUAGUGGAUACGACGAAAAACAGACGAGAAGAGGAGAAACAGCGGAAAGAGGCCGAGGCAGAGGAGGCAGAGAAGGUGUUGUUCCAGGGCACGGUGGUAACCAUUGAAAACUUCCUGAUGUGGAAAGCCAGGUUUGAGGUGGAGAUGAACGAGCUGAGGAGGAAAAGACAGAAAGAGGAGGAGCUGGGAGUAAAACUCAAACUCACCGGUAAACAGCUGUUUGAGACAGACCACAACCUGGACACAUCUGACAUUCAGUUCCUUGAAGACACUGGAAACAACGUUGAAGUGGAUGAGUCACUGUUCCAGGACAUUGAGGACUUGGACCUGGAUGAGGACGACCCAGACUUUAACCCUUUAGCGAUGGGAAGUGAUGAGGACUAAAGCAGGAGCAGGACAGAGGACUGCUGAGGACAUACAGGACCAGACCUGCUCUUCUCUGGAAUACCAUCAUCUGACCAGACCCAUUGAUUUUUUUAAAGACUCUAACAGCAGUUGGAGAGGGAAUCGUCAUAACUACAACACAUACAUAUACACCCACGAGUGUUCAUUUCUAUGCCUGAUCAAUUAAAUUGACCAAAAGAAAACGUG